CAUACCACACCUUUCAAAACAGUGUCUUGAUUUAUUGUGAAGACUUACUUAGGAGAGCCAUUUUGAUAUUGCUUCGUAUGAUUAUGUUCAUUUAAAGAAAUUCCAAUGCAAGUGCAACGAAAGCAUAACGCUCUGCCGCAACGCGAAUAUGAGGAUGGCGUGGACUCGAAAUUCAAUAUGAUAUCUUCGAAGGCAAUGGAAACUCGUUAUUACGAGGGAUGUGGACGGGAGGGUCCCAUCCGAUGCAUAUUUCUGGGUGAAUUUCAUCCGGUAGCAGGUCCAAAAAUAUCGUGUCAGUUUCCUGAAGACUACAUCUCAAAAGAAUUAUUUGAUACCAUUAGUGCAUAUAUUAUACCCAAGCCAUUAAUUCAGAAGAGCACUAUGACCAUUAAUGCUAUGGGUCAUAAGAUAGUAGGUUAUCCAAUCAGAAUCGACAACUCCAGAUAUGAACGUAAUGUGUAUGUCUUCAACUUAUGCUUUGUGUGUGAUAGUUGGUCAAAAACUGUCCAGUAUGAACCAGUAGUGAAGAAACUUGGUGAACAUCUGACGAUAAUGGAAGAAGAAACAAGAUUUGUAUCAAGCGGAUCAAGCAAGCUGCCUACGCUUCUAGCUCAUUUGCUUCAUGAUCUCAAUACUCACCGCAAGGCUACAUUAGUUGGUAAGUAA